UCGUCAGACUGCCACGGCGUUUCAUUCAGAUUAACCUUGUCUGACACCUGUGGUGAUGCUUAGCUGCUGCGUCCCUCCAAAUUCGGAAAUGAAUGUUUGAUUUUUCAUCAUAUAACGUUACUUAGCCAAUCUUAAUUUCUCAACGUAUGUGCAUGUCGCACUGAAUGAUGGACAACAGAAAGAGAUUGAUCACUGUUAAAAGGGCCUUUUGAAAGGCUCUUUAGGGCACAGAUUAAAGUCCAGCAUGAUUUGCAACAUUUCUGUAUACUAAACGGAGAAGAGAACCUUAAGAAUUUUGGGUAUUCAUGAUAAAAAGCAAAAAGUACUAUCAUGGGAUGUGGUACAUCCAUUGCCAAUGAGAACCAAACGCGACCCUCAGAAACGGAUGGCUCCAUCAAGCAUCCCAGUCCAGCUCUGACCAUGAAAGCUGCCAUAUUGAUCCAGCGUUGGUACAGACGCUAUGUUGCUCGCCUGGAGAUGAGAAGACGCUAUACGUGGAACAUCUUUCAGUCCAUUGAGUAUGCAGGGGAACAGGACCAGCUACAGCUCUCCAGUUUCUUCAGUUUCAUGUUGGACAACUUCACACAGAUGAAUGGAAAUGGACCAGACUUGAUCUCUCACCUGCUGGACUCUGUGGUUGACCCGUUAACUGAGGAGGUCAGGCAGUUGAAGUACGAGCAGAUUGUCGUGCCAGAAUCGUACAGCGGUCCUCGUCUCUCCUUCCCGCUGAGCGUGACUGAUACCAAUGCCCUACUCAGCGCCUUUAAAGAGGAGCAGACUCUUCACGGCAAGUAUGUGCUGCAGCUUCUGUAUGAAACGAAGAAGUUCUUGAAACGGAUGCCAAACGUCAUAUACCUGUCCACGUCCUAUGCCAAAGAGAUAACUAUAUGUGGCGAUCUGCAUGGUAGCCUGGAUGACUUACUGCUUAUAUUUUACAAGAACGGUCUGCCCUCUGCGGAGAACCCCUACAUAUUCAAUGGAGACUUUGUGGAUCGAGGAAAGAAAUCUACAGAGAUUAUCAUCAUUCUGUUUGCCUUCCUACUGCUGUACCCUGACCACAUGCAUCUGAACAGAGGCAACCAUGAGGACCACAUCAUGAACCUCAGGUACGGGUUCACAAAAGAAGUCAUGCAGAAGUAUAAGACUCAUGGCAGGGAAAUCCUACAGCUUCUUCAGGAUGUGUUCAGUCUGCUUCCUCUUGCUACUGUCAUCGAUAACAAAGUGCUUAUUGUUCACGGUGGCAUAUCGGACAAAAUUGACCUGGACUUUCUGAGCACUGUUGAAAGGCAUAAAGUGAAGUCUGCUCUCAGGCUUCCCAGACGCAGCGUUGAUCAUCUCAACGUCCGCGCCUGUAGUCGCAGCAGCAGCAGACAGAGCGGAAGAUCCAGAAUGGACAGCCCUUGCUCCUCAGGACGCACCAGUCGUGCUUCCCGCAGGAGGAAGAAGCACUUCACUAAGCGUGGGAGCUCCUCCUCAUCUUCAUCAUCUUCAUCCUCCUCCUCGUCUGUGUGCUCCCCUCGGGUCUCGUCACGGAACACUCCACGUCGACCUCCGCCUUCUCCUAGUCUGCCCAGCCCCACCGAUGUGCUCCAAGUACCCUUCCUGGACUCCUUCGUCUCCCUAGAGCCCCCCGAGCCACCGAGAGAAGAACUGGAAUGGCAGCAAGUUGUUGAUAUCCUUUGGAGUGACCCUAAAAAUCAAAACGGCUGCAGUCCGAACUCUUUUCGCGGUGGAGGCUGUUACUUUGGGCCAGACGUGACGCAGGCGCUGCUGCAGAAACACGAGCUCUGUCUGCUCAUCAGAUCACAUGAAUGUAAACAGGAGGGCUAUGAGCUCUGCCACAAUGGACAGGUUAUCACAAUUUUUUCUGCAUCUAACUACUAUGAAGAAGGCAGUAACCGCGGGGCGUACAUCAAACUGGGGCCUGAAUUGGUCCCACGCUUCUUCCAGUAUCAAGUUAGUCGAAGCACCAGAAAACUCACACUUCAUCAAAGGGUUCGUGUAGCAGAGGGUUCAGCACUCAGGGCUCUGAAAGAGAAGCUGUAUGGUCACCGCUCUGAGCUAAUGGCUGCCUUUCAACAGUAUGACAUAGACAAAACAGGUUGCAUCUCCACUAGCGAGUGGGCCCAGGUGGUGGAGUCUGUGCUGCGAUUGGAUCUGCCGUGGAGAACCCUGCGCCCACGCCUGGCCCGUCUUAGUGCAGAUGGAGAUGUAGAGUAUGAAUCCUGCUUUGAGGACAUCAGCCCUGGAGAACCCAUCCCUCCGGUAACACCAAACUUGGCUGAAACUCUUUAUAGAUAUAGAACUGACCUAGAGAUAAUAUUUAACAUCAUCGAUAAGGAUCACUCAGGUCAGAUCUCCAUUGAGGAGUUUCGUCAGACUUGGAAACUCUUCACUUCCCAUUUGGGGGUGGCUGUGAAUGACCAGACGAUAGACGACAUGGCUCGAAGCAUAGACUUUAACAAAGACGGCAGCAUUGAUUUUAAUGAGUUCCUGGAGGCUUUCAGGGUGGUGCAUAAACUGGAUGUCAAAGAGCAGCAGCAGGGUUAAUUCUGGAUGAGCAGAUUACAGACAAGGCAGAUUUACAAAUCAUUUUUAGUACUUCAUCUUUAUUUUUUGAAGGUAUUCAUUUAUAUUUUCCAGGAUUCACAUUUUUGAUAAAGGUAAGAGUUAUUAAUCCUCCUGCCCUUUUUGAUAUAAAUUAAUGUGAAUUUUUUUUAUUUUUAUAUAUACUGAAAAAUGCAGUUUAAACUCCGUCACCGCUAUUGUUUAGAACUGUGAUUCACAAGUGGAUUAUAAUUUUUCAUCAGUACCGGUACAUAACCCUAUAAUUGUAACUUUGACACUUUGAGUCAUUUUUGAUGUAGAUAUUUCUCUGAUAUUAAUUGUAUGUGGUUUGCAAUGUACCAUCUUUUAUUAUCAAACCUAAAACGUCAAUUCAUGCCCUCACCAGACAUGAUGCAUUUCAUAAAGUCAAGGGGUAGCAAUGAAUAAAGACGAAUUUCAAAGGGUGGUCAGUUUUCUCUCUAAAUGCCAUAAAUAUAAUCACAUUUCAUAUCCUUACACAUUUAGUGUUUAGUAUACGGUGUUUAGUUUGGCAGACAAAAUAAGUGUUAUCAUUUACAAAUAAAAUAUUAAUAGUAUAAUAACAAUACUAUCAUAAUGGUGGUGGUUGAGGAGAUCCCCUUCACAAUGUAAAGCACUAUAUUGUUACAAUUUAUUAUUAUUAUUAUAACACUGGUCUGCAUUUACACAAGAAAAAAGUAUUGGGCUUUAUGCAGUGGUUUUAACUGAAGUCAUCUGAGCUGACUUGCUGUUGCAAAGAAAAAAACAUGGUGUCUGUUUCUAUGUUUUGAUCCUGUUUUGAAGAUGAGUGUUCAGGAUGUUUUAAACCCCUGUUAUUCUGUUUUGUGUCUCCUCCCAUUUCACUCCUUUCCCCUUCUCUCAUGUCUCAUCUUUUUACCCAAUCCCUUCAAGACUCCUCUCUCUAGUGUUCAGUUUGCCUGGGUGAUCUUCAUUUACAGUCUGACAUUCUUAGAAUUUCGACAGCCUCUUUUAAAGAUUUGUUUUGUUUGUUUUUUACGGUGGAACUGUUUAAUCAUGCAAAGUUGGAGAGGUGCACUGCUGUGUGUAUUUUGGUGUCAGCUCUGGACACAAACUCCAGGCAUUGCUCAUAAAGGCUGCAUUGGCUUUGGACACCUAGACAAUGGCCAUAUGUUUUUCCGUUAUGGAGGAUUGUAUGUGACCUUCACCUGUAAUCCAGGAUUCCGGCUCCACGGUUACCGUACUAGCAGCUGUGUAUC